GUUGUAGGAGUUGCUAUGGUAACGUCAGUCAGAAUGGCUCCUCCUCUUCCUCUGAUCUUUCUGCUCAUGAUUCACGGGGUUUCUAGUGCUGACUGGGGUGUGAGUUACAGUUCUUCACACAUCUGUGCACUAAAGGACUCAUCAGUGAUAAUGAACUGCACUUAUACAUACCCUACUGGACAUCAGAUCAAGAGAGUGUUCUGGACCAAAACAAAAGAUAAAAAGGAAACAGAAGAGUUUCCAGAUCUGUCUAAUGACACUGAAUACAGUCAGAGGCUUCAGUAUCUGGGAGAUAAACAGCAGAACUGCACCAUCAGACUGAGUCAUGUGACACUGAAGGAUUCACACAUGUACUAUUUCAGAUUCACCACUGAUAAAGAUGGUAAAUGGAUUGGUAAAAUAGGAGUGACUCUUACUGUUACAGAUCUUCAGGUGGAGUCUCCUGAGAGAGUGACAGAGGGAGAUUCAGUCCGUCUGACAUGUAAAAGCAGCUGCAAUCUGACUGACAGAGCAACAUUCAUCUGGUACAGAAACUCACAGAAGAUAUUAAAUGAGAGUAACAAACUCAACUUCAAGUCAGUCAGAAGAGAGGAUGCAGGCAGAUAUAGCUGUGCUGUACACGGACAUAAUCACAUCUCUCCUGCUGUUCAGCUCAAUGUCACGUACCCUCCCAGGAAUGUCUCAGUGUUGAUAAAUGGAUCUGGUGAAAUAGUGUCAGGAGAUUCAGUGACUCUGAUCUGCAGCAGUGAUUCAAACCCUCCUGCUCUGAACUUCAGCUGGUUUAAGGAGAAUGAAAGCUCAGCUGUUGGAUCUGGACAGAGUUUCAGUGCACUACAGAGUGGACGCUUCUACUGUCAGGCUCACAAUCAACAUGGAUCUCAGAGAUCAGACGCUGUAACUGUGACUGUUAAAGGACAUCUGGUGAUAUUAUACAUAUCCAUUGGAGUGGUUUGUGGAGCUGCAGUGAUCAUCAUGAUGCUGGUUUGGGGAAUCAGGAGGAUGAAAAAGAGAAAUGACACACAGGAGUCUCAGAUGGUUGAUUCCAGACCUCAUCAUGACAGACACAAAGCUUGUGAUGUUGAAUUGAGUAAUCCUGUGUAUGAGAAUGUAACGGCUGAUCAACUUGAUGAUUGUAAACCCGAACUGAACUCAUCUGUGUAUGAAAAUCUUCCACAGAACAACAAGAGACUGUAAUGUUUUGAACACACA